AUGGCAGUAGCUCGUGAAUUUUGGGAGGAGGAUAAGCUUAACUGGAGACUCAACUGCUCAUUUAUAAGUUUAAUUACGAAAGACAGAAGAGAUAAUGCUUCAUUAUCAGCACGACGUUAUAAGGCCGUUCAGCUGGAUUAUCCAUCUGUAUCAGAGGGAGAUUAUACUUCGUUGCCAACAUCAUCAACAGAGAGAUUAUAUUAUGAUGCCGCUCAGUUGGAUUACCCAUCUGAGGAAGGUCUUUAUAGCAGGACACCUGACCUUGAGGACAAUGAGGAGAUUAAUAAUAUUUGUGUUUGGAACCCAACAACCAGAGAAUACAAAUACAAGAAGUUUGCGAUACCACCAAGUGAAUUCUACUAUUGUGAAUUGGACUGCGACUACGUUGAUGCGUAUUGCAACUUUAGCAAUGGAUUUGGUUACGAUAGUAGCAUGGAUGAUUACAGGUUUGUGAAGAUUGAUCAUCAUAAAAGAAAGAAAUUUUAUAAACUAGAGGUUUAUACGUUAGGAUCGGGUGUAUGGAAAACUAUUGAAAAAAUCCCCUACUCCUUUCGAGAAAAGGAUUUUUACUCUAACAAGAAUGAUCAUCCUGGUUUGUUUCUGAAUGGAGCUCUUCAUUGGUUAGGCUUUUCCGCCACCACCACCAAAAAGACCUCCUCAUCUCAACUUAUCGUUACUUUUGAUAUCAACAAUGAGAGACUCACCGAUUUGUCUAUUCCUGAAGAAACGAAGAAGCAACGUUCAACAUAUGGACAUAUGGAUUUGUAUAUGUUUGAAUUUAUGCAGCAAGACUCAAUAUAUAAUCAUAUCGGAGUGUUGAAAGACUGUCUUUGUUUAAUCCACAGAGGCCCAUUCUAUAUUGAAGUAUGGGUAAUGUUGGAUUAUGGAGUGAAAGAAUCUUGGACUAAGCAAUUUGCCUUUAACUCUCGAUCUGCUCGUUGUGAUCCAGUUUAUCCACUAUGGAAUGAAAAUGGUUACAUUCUGAUGGUAGGUGACAAUAGUUUUGUAUUAUACGAUCGGAAGGACGACGAAGUAAAACAUGUGGAUGUUGUUGCUGUAGCAAAGGACAAUAUCAAACUGAAGAAAUCGAACAAUGCUAUUUAUUGUUAUUACAUGGAGAGCUUAGUUCCACUUAACUCGGGGACUUAUGUGGAGAAAAGGAUAGUCGUCGACCGAAUCAAGAAGAAGCCUUAA